AACAUUUCACUUUUUUCACAACAUAAUGUUUAAACACAUACUAAACUUGAUUAUAUAUUUAUAUGAAAUAUAUUUCUACAUGAUCUUUACAUGACUGUAAAACAGGUCACCUGUGAAAGUUCGAUAUCAGUGCGUUGUGCAUUAUCAAUAACUAAGAUAUGUUUUACACUUUGAACAUUUAACAGAUGUACAUAAACCAUCAUCGAAAAAAAAUUAAAUUGUGAAAUAUUAAGCCAUGGUGAAUGUUAUUUGAUUAUAAGAAAUACCGUAAUGUCAUUCAAAUGCAUCAUUACAGGGGACUUUUUCAGUGUUGGUAAAUACUGGAAUAUAUUGUAUGAAAUAAACGAAAUAAUGAGAAUACAUGAUGAUGGAAGAGGAUAACAACACAGCAAGAGUCGAUACAGAAGUAACUGAUGCACUUAAGUUCGAGACAAUAAAGGAAAAGAUAACAAGCCCUGUAAAGAAAUUACUUCGUCUCGGGAAUGAACAUGUUUUAUGGGACGAGAGUGACGAAUACGAUUUUAACAAUGCAAAUCGAGGUACCGCCAUUAUAUUUAACAUGGAACAGGUGAAAACAGACAGCGGUGAACUAGAGUCACGAAUAGGUUCAUCUAUUGAUGCAGAAAGAGUUAGGGAAACUUUUAAAAGUCUUGGAUUUAGUAUAAGCUACUAUGAAAAUCACACCAAAGAACAAGUUAUGGACAUCUUGACAAAAGAGGCCAAGCGUGAUCAUAGCGAUGAAGACUGUUUUGCAUGUAUAAUACUCACACAUGGUAGUAGUUAUUACCGUGUUAAUUCAAAAGAACAAUACCACACCAGGGAAGAUAUGAUUAUGGCAGCUGAUACUACAAUGCUUACCAGUGAUAUCUUAAAAUUGUUCCGUGACAGCAAUUGCAAAACACUGCAAGGAAAACCAAAACUUUUCUUUAUACAGGCGUGCAGGGGAGACACUUUUGACAAAGGAGCAUUUCUUGAAACAAGAGACGAAGUCGAUGCUAAACCUGAAAAUUCUACGGAACAUAUCCCAUGUCCAAUAUACAAAGAUUUCCUUGUUAUGUAUGCUACACCACCAGGUUAUUAUGCCUUCCGACAUCCAAUAAAUGGUUCAUGGUAUAUUCAAGCACUUUGUAGAGCGUUGUCGAGUGCCGGUGUACGGAAUAAAACCCUCCUCCAACUGUUGACGUCUGUGAUAAAUAUAGUCAGUACCGAACAUCAGGCUCAAGCUCCACAGUACCUUGGAAACAAGCAAACUCCUUGUUUCAUGUCCAUGCUAGUUAAAGAUGUGUAUUUUCGUUUGAAGGAACAGAAGAUGUCAUUGCCUAUAUGAAUUCACAAGCAAUUACUAUGAAGAUGUUAGUAUAGAUAUAAUGUGGGCUAUAGAAAACAAAUGUGAUUAUAAAUGAUAAUCGGUUUGUUAUUUGUAAAGAACGGUAAAUCCUCUCCAAAAUGAAGAUUUUUGUGCAAUAGACAGUUAAAUUAAUCAUGAAUUUAUCCAUAAUGUUUUAAUUAUGAAGUAUGUUAAUUUUUCAAUAUUUGCCAAUUAUAUCUUGACUUCUUAAAAUUAGACAAAAAUCAAGAUUUCAAAUAUGUAUUAGAUGUACUUCGUACAACAAUGAAGUUGGAUUACGAAAAUUUGGACUGGGUGCUGGCACGUUAUCGUGGUUAUGAAAAUGGCUGCCAGUCUUAAAGUUGCGUAAUUAUCAAUUUGAAUUUUCAUUGUUUUGAAAAGGAAUGACAACGCUAUCAAAUGAUAUAAUUUUGAUAAGAAUUGCUUCUGAAAUGAAAAAAUGAGGACAUUAGUCUACGAAUAUAUUGAACGCCCCUCGUUAAUAUGAACAUUCAUUUUGUUUCCAUUUCUUUUAAGAAUUUCUACAUUGGCUUGUUAUUAUUUCAUAAUAAAAUAUUAUUUUUUUAA